AUGGCCGCCAGCAUGUCCUUGAGACGUCUGAAGGUCGUUGUCGUCGUCUUUGCGUUGGUCGUCCUCGCUGCUGGUGGGGUCGAGGCCGGAGUGGCAGCCAGGAAUUUCCCUUCAGAAUCUCCCUUAGAAUCGCCUUUCAAAAUCGACCUUCAAAAUGUCCCUUCAAAAUCACUCUUCAAAUUAUCCCUUCAGAAUUUCCCUUCAAAAUCUCCCGUGCCUUUCCCCCCCUCUCAGAGCGGGCAGUGUGCCCUCUACGGCGGCCGCUGCCUCCCCUCGGACGCCUGGGUCUGCCACGCCCUCGGGGGACCGGCGGCGUGCGCUGGCGGAGACGACGUCUGCUGUGAUGAAUGCCCCUUCAAGACGCGCUCCCAAUGCCUGGAGAACAACGGCAUAUGCAAGUCGAGCUGCGCCCCCGACGAGCAAGCGUUGCAAGGCGGCUGCAGGGGAGACGGUUGCAUCUGCUGCGCCACCUGCAGGAUCACGCCGAGGUGCCAGACGAGGGGCGGCUCCUGCGUCAAGAGCGUGGCGGAGUGUCCUUCGGGAUUGGUCGACAGCGCCGCCUGCGAGGGAGACCAGUGCAUCUGGAACUACCACGCAGUCGCCUCCAACCUGCAGUGGGCUAAAAGCUGGAACUACCACGCAGUCGCCUCCAACCUGCAGUGGGAAAUCAACACCACCUACGGGGUCAUCAGCAUGGGGUCAGAGGUCAGCCUCUACGAGAACAACCUGGACUGCGAGUGGCGAAUCGAGGUCAGGCCGGGCCACCAGCUGACCUUGGUGUGGCUGAGGAUCGACAUCGAGAAAGAGGACGUGUGUGGUUUCGAUUUUGUGGAGUUGGAGGUUCAAGAGAAAAUCGGCUUCUCGGGCGACCUCAUGGCUUCGUAUCUCCCCGUCUACGAGGACAACAUGGACUGCGAAUGGAGGGUGACGACGCCGAAGAACUCCCUGGUCCGCUUCCACUUCGAGAGCUUCGGCCUCGAGGACUCCACGGGCUGCGGCUUCGAUUACCUGGAGCUGGAAGACCUGUCGGUGCCUGGUCUUAUUCUGACGGGAAGUCGUCUGUGCGGCAGCGAAGUCCCAGACGACAUCUACUCCUUCAGCAACCAGGUCGUGGUCAGGUUCCACUCCGAUUCCUCUGUCACGAGUCGCGGCUUCGUCCUCCACUUCGAUGCUGUGUUCGCUCAGCCUCCCCCUCCCCCACUCGUCUGCAAUGGAACGUAUGGGAUGGACGGCCUCUCCGGCUACAUCAGGCCGACCUACAACGACACUUACGAAAAUUUCAUGGACUGCGAGUGGAGGGUGGCGACGCCGAGGAAUUCGCUUGUCCACUUCCACUUCGAGAUCUUCGACCUCGAGAACUCCACGGGCUGCGGCUUCGAUUACCUGGAGCUGGAAGACCUGUCGAUGCCCGGUUUUAUUCUGGCGGGUGGUCGUCUGUGCGGAAGCGAAGUCCCAGACGACUUCUACUCCUUCAGCAACCAGGUCGUAGUCAGGUUCCACUCCGAUUCCAUCGUCGUUGGCCGCGGCUUCGUCCUCCACUUUGAGACAGUCUUCAUCCCGCCUCUACCGCCUCUGUCCUCCUGCAAUGGAACAUAUGAGAUGAACAGCAUCGCCGGCUCCAUCAGGCCGAGCUACAACGGCACUUACGAGAACAGCAUGGACUGCGAGUGGAGGGUCACGAUGCCGGGGAAUUUGCUCGUCCGCUUCCACUUCGAGAGCUUCGACCUCGAGGACUCCACGGACUGCGUCUUCGAUUACCUGGAGCUAGAGGACCUGUCGGUGCCUGGUCUUAAUCUCACAGGAGGUCGUCUGUGCGGCAGCGAAGUCCCAGACGACAUCUACUCCGUCAGCAACCAGGUCGUAGUCAGGUUCCACUCCGAUUCUUCCGUCGUAGGCAGUGGCUUCGCCCUCUACUAUGAGGUUGAACAGCGCAUCCGGCAACAUCAGGCCGAUCUUUACCUGACCAGCGACCACGGCUUCAUCACCCACGGCCCCGUCAACGCCUCCUACAUGAUUAAUAUGGACUGCGAGUGGCGGGUAACGACUCCCGAAGGCACCAAGGUCGUCCUCGAGUUCUUCUCCUUUGACCUGGAGGCUGACCCGGAAUGCAGAUUCGAUUACCUGGAGGUGGAGGACCUGGCGACCGGUCUCUCUCUUGGAAGAGGGCGCAUGUGUGGUACCGAUUUGCCAGGAACCAUUCAGUCCAUCAGCAACCAAGUCGUAGUCAGGUUCCACUCCGAUUCCUCUGUCGUUGGCCGCGGCUUCGACCUCGUUUUCAGCGCUCUCUACUCCGUCUACACGACUACUCCAGCCAGCACAGACUUCUGCAACGGAUCAACUGCACUGGAUCUAUACUUCGGAACCAUCAGUCCAACUCCGAACUCUUUGCCUUACGAUAACAACAUGGACUGCGAGUGGACUUUGACGACGCCGGAAGGAACAUUAAUUCUAUUCCACUUCUUGAGCUUCGACUUGGAGUACAGUGAAGAUUGCGUCUUUGAUUACCUGGAACUGGAGGACCUGUCGAGACCUGGACAGUACCUCGGAGGGGGUCGUCUGUGCGGCAGCGAAGUCCCAGACGACAUCUACUCGUUCAGCAACCAGGUCGUGGUCAGGUUCCGUUCCGAUUCCUCCGUCGUUGGCCCCGGCUUCGUCGUCAGCUUUGACAGCCUCUACCACGGCACCCGAGCGCCGUCCUCAACCCGACACACUUACUGGUCGGAAAUCCUCCCCACGGGGUUCUCGACGGGAACCUGGGAAGACACGACCACUCCAGAUGAAACGACCACUUCAGGUGAAUCGACCACUCCAGAUGAAUGGACCACUCCAGGUGAAUGGACUUUUCCAGAAACUCUUCCAGCUCGGUCCUCAACUCGACAGACUUACUGGCCAGAAAUCCUCCCCACGGGGUCCUUGACGGAAACCUGGGUGGACACGACCACGCCCGCCCCCCUCUGCGCCGCCCACAGCUUCCUGACGGCGCCCUCGGGGACCGUGAGCGCCUCCUCGGCCUCCUCGUACCCCAACGGCCUCUCGUGCGAGUGGGAGGUCGUGGCGCCGGAGGACGCGACCAUCCUGUUCGCCUUCGUCGCCUUCGACGUCGAGUCCUGCAGCUCCUGUAGCUGCGAUUACGUCGAGCUGCUCGACGCGGCGGCGCCCGGGCGGCCUCUGGGCGGAUCCCGCCUGUGCGGCGCCGCGCCCCCCGCCCCCCUGGCCUCGCUCAGCAACCGCGUCCGCGUCCGCUUCGUCACCGACUCGUCCGUCGGCGGCAAAGGCUUCGAACUCCGCUACGAAUUCGUCAACGCCGGCACGUCACGCACAUCGACCCCAGGGCUCGAGACGACCACCACGUCCGCGUUCACGACGAGAGUUUGGUACGACACGACCACGCCCGCCCCCCUCUGCGCCGCCCACAGCCUCCUGACGGCGCCCUCGGGCACCGUGGCGCCGGAGGACGCGACCAUCCUGUUCGCCUUCGUCGCCUUCGACGUCGAGUCCUGCAGCUCCUGUAGCUGCGAUUACGUCGAGCUGCUCGACGCGGCGGCGCCCGCGCGGCCUCUGGGCGGAUCCCGCCUGUGCGGCGCCGCGCCCCCCGCCCCCCUGGCCUCGCUCAGCAACCGCGUCCGCGUCCGCUUCGUCACCGACUCGUCCGUCGGCGGCAAAGGCUUCGAACUCCGCUACGAAUUCGUCAGCGCCGGCACGUCACGCACAUCGACCCCAGGGCUCGAGACGACCACCACGUCCGCGUUCACGACGGGAGUUUGGUACGACACGACCACGCCCGCCCCCCUCUGCGCCGCCCACAGCCUCCUGACGGCGCCCUCGGGGACCGUGAGUGCCUCCUCGACCUCCUCGUACCCCAACGGCCUCUCGUGCGAGUGGGAGGUCGUGGCGCCGGAGGACGCGACCAUCCUGUUCGCCUUCGUCGCCUUCGACGUCGAGUCCUGCAGCUCCUGUAGCUGCGAUUACGUCGAGCUGCUCGACGCGGCGGCGCCCGGGCAGCCUCUGGGCGGAUCCCGCCUGUGCGGCGCCGCGCCCCCCGCCCCCCUGGCCUCGCUCAGCAACCGCGUCCGCGUCCGCUUCGUCACCGACUCGUCCGUCGGCGGCAAAGGCUUCGAACUCCGCUACGAAUUCGUCAGCGCCGUCCUGACGGCGCCCUCGGGGACCGUGAGUGCCUCCUCGACCUCCUCGUAUCCCAACGGCCUCUCGUGCGAGUGGGAGGUCGUGGCGCCGGAGGACGCGACCAUCCUGUUCGCCUUCGUCGCCUUCGACGUCGAGUCCUGCAGCUCCUGUAGCUGCGAUUACGUCGAGCUGCUCGACGCGGCGGCGCCCGGGCAGCCUCUGGGCGGAUCCCGCCUGUGCGGCGCCGCGCCCCCCGCCCCCCUGGCCUCGCUCAGCAACCGCGUCCGCGUCCGCUUCGUCACCGACUCGUCCGUCGGCGGCAAAGGCUUCGAACUCCGCUACGAAUUCGUCAGCGCCGGCACGUCACGCACAUCGACCCCAGGGCUCGAGACGACCACCACGUCCGCGUUCACGACGUUAGUUUGGAUCGACACGACCACGCCCGCCCCCCUCUGCGCCGCCCACAGCCUCCUGACGGCGCCCUCGGGCACCGUGAGCGCCUCCUCGGCCUCCUCGUACCCCAACGGCCUCUCGUGCGAGUGGGAGGUCGUGGCGCCGGAGGACGCGACCAUCCUGUUCGCCUUCGUCGCCUUCGACGUCGAGUCCUGCAGCUCCUGUAGCUGCGAUUACGUCGAGCUGCUCGACGCGGCGGCGCCCGGGCAGCCUCUGGGCGGAUCCCGCCUGUGCGGCGCCGCGCCCCCCGCCCCCCUGGCCUCGCUCAGCAACCGCGUCCGCGUCCGCUUCGUCACCGACUCGUCCGUCGGCGGCAAAGGCUUCGAACUCCGCUACGAAUUCGUCAGCGCCGGCACGUCACGCACAUCGACCCCAGGGCUCGAGACGACCACCACGUCCGCGUUCACGACGGGAGUUUGGAUCGACACGACCACGCCCGCCCCCCUCUGCGCCGCCCACAGCCUCCUGACGGCGCCCUCAGGCACCGUGAGCGCCUCCUCGGCCUCCUCGUACCCCAACGGCCUCUCGUGCGAGUGGGAGGUCGUGGCGCCGGAGGACGCGACCAUCCUGUUCGCCUUCGUCGCCUUCGACGUCGAGUCCUGCAGCUCCUGUAGCUGCGAUUACGUCGAGCUGCUCGACGCGGCGGCGCUCGCGCGGCCUCUGGGCGGAUCCCGCCUGUGCGGCGCCGCGCCCCCCGCCCCCCUGGCCUCGCUCAGCAACCGCGUCCGCGUCCGCUUCGUCACCGACUCGUCCGUCGGCGGCAAAGGCUUCGAACUCCGCUACGAAUUCGUCAGCGCCGGUAUCCUAAACCGUAUUAACACGUUACAUAACAAAAAUGAAGACUUUCCGCGCAAGAAAGUUCGAAGAGAAAAUAAAUUAGCAGAGAGAGUUGAAGUAACGGUUAUGUUGAAGGCUGUCGCUCUUCAAAUAUAG